AUGGAGAAAAUGGAGGAAUCCAAUAAUAUAAAAACAUUUUCUAAACAAAAUUAUAUUCCUCGCCAACCUAUUCCAACUCUUCAUGAAACACUAGAUCGUUAUAAAAAAACCUUGAUUCCACUUUUAUCAACCGAAGAAUAUAAUAAUGCAAUAAUUGCAGUUGAUGAAUUUAUGAAAAAUGGUAUUGGAGAAAUUCUUCAAGGACCAUUAUGUAUGAAUCAAUAUAAAAGGCAAUUUGGUGUUAGUCGUAUUCCGGAUUUUCCUGUUGAUAGAAUUAUAACAACUUGGCCUUCAAUUGCUAAACAUAUUAUUGUAAUUUAUAAGGAUCAAAUUUUUAAAGUUCAAGUAUUAGGUGAAAGAGGUGAAAGAGUAUCAAUUGAUAGUAUUAAAAGACAAUUACAUUUGUUAAUUGAACGAGUGAAUAAUUAUAAUAAUAAUUCUGAAUUACAACCACCAAUUGGAUUAUUGACGGGAGAACAUCUCAAUUUAGAAACAAUUGACAAUGCAUUAUUUGUCGUAGCGUUAGAUGAUUAUUCUGUUGAUAAAGAUAUUUCACAUCAUAAUAGUUUUCAUGCAUUUAAUGGACGAAAUCGAUGGUUUGAUAAAUCAAUUCAAAUUAUUUUACAAAAUAAUGGUCAAGCUGGUGUUAACUGUGAGCACACUCCUUCAGAUGCAGUAGCUAGUGGACUCAUAUUUAAUGAUAUUGUGUCAAAGUGUGAUCCUCCAAAUUCUACUUCUACUUCUUUACCGACUCCCCAACAUUUGAAUUGGGUAAUUGACAAUACCAUAAACGAUAUUAUACAUAGUGCACAGAUUAAUAUUCAAAAUGCGAUUGAUAAUGUUGACAUUGUUUUACUAUAUUAUCAUGAAUAUGGAUCUAAUUGGCUCAAGAGUGUUAAAUAUAGUCCUGAUGCGUUUGUUCAAAUGGCAAUACAACUUGCUUAUUAUCGUCAAUAUGGUGAACCAUGUGCUACUUAUGAAUCUGCAUCGACAAGAGGAUUUUUACAUGGUCGUACUGAAACUGUAAGAAGUUGUUCUAUAGAUAGUUUGGCAUUUACUAAAGAUUUUGAUGAUAAAGAUAUUAAGAAAGAAAAAAAAAUUGAAUUAUUUACAACUGCUAUUAAAUCUCAUAUUGAAUAUAUGAUCGCCGCUGUAAAUGGUGUAGACCGUCAUUUAUUGGGUCUUCGUACUCAAUUGCAAUCUGAUAAAGAAAAAGAAAAUGCAUCAUUAUUCAAUGAUCUUUCAUAUCAAAAAUCAUCAUAUUAUAAAUUAUCUACAUCAAAUAUGAGUCUUGGAGUAAAAUUUAUUUGUGGAUUUGGUGCAGUGGUACCAGAUGGUUAUGGAGUUUGUUACAUGAUUAAUUCUGAUAAAUUAAGAUUUUCUAUUAGUAGUUAUAAAAAAUGUAAAGAAACUGAUAGUGUGAUAUUUAGGAAAACUUUGAUAAAAACUUUAGAUGAUUUAAGAGAAAUUUUGUCUUAA